GGUCGGAAGGACUUAAAUGCAAAUACUUUUCACCAAUGAGGAGUAAGUAUGUAGGAUAGGGAGGUUCUCUAGUUAAAGAGAAGAUGAGAGUAAACAUUAUCCAUGUCAAUCAUCUUAGCCACAACCAAUCUAGGUCCGUGGAGGUGGUACCAUAAACUGCCUAUAAAAGGAGGCUCACAGGGUGCUCGGCCUCCAUUUUGUCUCAGCUUUCGGGGUGUGCUGUGGUAGAUUCUCUGUGCUCCAGAAAGCUAAGGGGCUGGUUAGUUCUCGAAACAAACAGGACAGCACGGUGACAAAAAGGUGAAGACCAGUUGUGAGUAGUGAAGGGGAGCUUCCACUGGGAGCGUCUACAUUUUCUGGCAGCCUUGACCAGGAGUGUGGGCUCGACCAGUGCAGACCGGACCAGACCGGACCAGACCGGACCAGACCAGACCAGACCGGAUCGCAGCUUAGACUGGGUGCACUAGCGGUAAGCAUGUAUGGGAAGUGUGGAUUCAUGAGGAGCUUUGACUGGGAGAGACAGGAGUGUCAGCCUUAAGAAGCUGUCUUUGGGGUUGGGAAUUUGGCUCAGUGGUAGAGCACUUGCCUAAGUGGUUCGGUCCCCAGCUCCGAAAAAAAAAGUAAAAAAAAAAAAAAAAAAAGCUGUCUUUAAGAUUUAUUUUAGUUCUUAUAUUUCAUACAAAAAUUAUAUACAUUCAGUUCUUAGUUAUAUGUAGUAUGCUCUUUAUACAUAUUUACAGACUAAUAUAUUUCCGUAAUGGUAUAAAUUUAUGUAAGGAAAUAGUAUUGUGUAUAUGCUUUUAUUUCCUAAGUCUCUAUGUGAGAAAAUAUACUGAAGCCCACUUUACUCAUUAGAAUUUUUUUUUUUUUGAAAAACAAAAAGUUAGGUUGAGGUCUCAAUGGGUAAAGCCGGAAUGUGUGAAAUUCCAGCACUCCAGAGGUGAGCACAAGUGUACAGUGAUGUAUCCAGUUCAGAGCACUGAGUGCUCUUCAUAGAACCUAGGUUCAAUUCCCAGCACCAAAAAAGGCGGCUAAGGGGCUGUAACAUCAGUCCCAAGGGAUCUGUUGCCCUCUUCUGGCCUCUUUGGGUACUGAAUGUGUAGCAUAUACAGGCAUACAUGUGGGUAAAACACCCAUACAAGUAAAAUAUUUUUAAAGGGUAAGGUCGGUAAGCCUUAUAAGGUUAUCCUAUGCUUUGAGGUUCAGCUAAAUUGCGCUCUCACCUUAAAACCUGAUUUUCUUUGUUUUAUUUGGUUAAUUACUGCGUUUGGACCCUCUUGUGUAUGGUUUUAUACUUUGGUGGUGUUUUCAAUUUAAAAGUAUGACAGAGCAUCUAUGGAAAUCAGGAUAACUUGCAGGGUUCACCUAACAUCCCCUGACCAUGGGAAAUGGAAAUGGAACUAAAGCUGGUAAGUUUGCAGGGUAUCUCACGUCUCAGAAAGCAAAUGUGUGAAUAUUCAAAAGUUUGGGUCAGUAGAAUACACUUGGAAGUCAUGUGGUUGUAAUGGGUCUUUUUGCUUGGUUAGCUUUUAGUUUUCAGUUUGAGGACAGGGUUUCAUGAAGGCUAAACUGGCCUCAACCUCACUAUGUAGCUGUGGCUGGCCUUGAAUUCCUGAUUCUCCUGCACUGGAAUUUUAGGUAUGUAUUACCUCUCCCAGCCUUUUCUGUGUAGUAGUAAAGUUAGAUAUUUUAUGGUAAAGUUGUAUAUCAAUUUACAAAUUCUGCUGGAAUGCCCAAAAAGGUCUUGAUGAAAUAGACUUGACCUGCUAGAAAAACACUGGGCAUUCAUUGCUCACUAUAUAGUAUUUAAUAAUUUCUUUUUGGUGAAUUCAAUAUGAAGUAUGGUUUAUUUUGAAGGGAGUGUUCGUGAUUUUGAUUAUGUAGUCAGAAUUAAAAUGUGCUGCUUACCUUAUGUUAUCUUUUUCUCUGCAUAUCUGCUUCCCGCCUCCCAAUCUGUUUUCAGAAGUUCUUCUGAGAAAGAGCACCAGUGUCCAAGCCAGGUAGUGCUUGACUACCUACUCACAGAAAAUCUCAUCGACAGUGGAAGAAUUGCCUGAAGUGGAUUGUAAAAACAGAACUGCAAGAGUCAAGAGAGUGUUGGAGGGAGUGUUCAGGCCAGAGUCUCUGUUCCAUACAGCAGCAAAUCCUAAGGCUUGAGUGAUCUCCAUUCACUGUUUCCAGCUGUGCUGAGUGCCUGUCUUAAGAUUCUGAUAAAGGUUGUUCUCCCUUGGCAUACAUUGCUGAGUUGGAAAACUGCUUCACUUGCAUUUAGCGUUCAGCGUCAUUUUCUGGUGAACUUAGGAAACAAACUAAACCGUCAAGAUUGCUAGUAACCAAGAAACGUGUGUUUAUUUGCCAAGAAAAAAAAGUAUGGAUCCUGUAUUGAUACAUGCUCAAGUCCAGCUGUGGAGUGCAAAGGCAGGAAUGUCCAAGUCAAGAAAUGCAUUCAUUGAGACAUUUAUAGGCAAAAGGGAAGUUAAACUUAUUCUCUAUUUCAGCACUGGAAAGAUCAAGGCUUUGCAACUAUACAAUAAUAUUAAAAGUGUGGUCCUUCGAACCUAUGGCGAAGACCAGAAUUACCUACAUCUGACUUUUAAAAAUAAUGAUUUCUUGUUUGUCGAGAAACUCACCACCAUGGAUGCCAGACGACUGAAAAGAUUUUUGGACAAAAUCUAUCAAAGUAAUCUUCGGGCAGCCAGGAGAAGUGGUGAGAGACCUGGUGAUCCUAGCACGAGUGCACAGGAGUUGAGCUCUUCCCCACCGGAAGGUCAUCUGAAAGCAAGUAGUGCGUGCUUUGAAUCAGCCAAAGAAAGCGAAAUGUGCUUGUUUCGUCAGUUGCCUUUACUUCCGCCCUCAUCAGCCUCACUUAAUGCAGUAGGAUUAUUAGAAUCACAGUUCAUGAAGAGGAAAAGAUUUUUUCUUGGUGCAGAAAAGGAAAAACAGAACCUGAAGGGCAGUACCAGAGAAUUUGAGACAAAUUUAGUAGUGUCCAUAUCUAAUGAAAAGGGGAAAGAAAGGGGUGUGAGAGCGGUAGAAAUCAGUAAGGCAGGGUUUGGAUUUCCAUUUGAGACCAACUAUCCCGAGGAGGGUAGUGUGAAUGUUCGUGAUCUUAAUGAUCUCAUUACAAAAUUAUUUUCACCAUUACUGUUUGAAACGCACUAUAUUGAGAAUGGGCUAGAUUGGCAUGAGUAUAUGGAGACAUUUUUACUUGACCCAGAAAAGUCAUGGCAAGGCCUACCUAAUGUUGGAAAUACCUGUUACAUAAAUGUUGUAUUACAGUCUCUAUGCUCAAUUCCGCUGUUUGUUAAUGACUUAUUCAAUCAGGGCUUCCCAUGGAUUAAACCUCCCAAAGAUGACUUUAACAUGCGCUUGAUGCAACUGCUGGUUUUGAAAGAUAUUUACAAUGCAAGAACCAGACAAAAGUUACUUAUAGGUAUUACAAAAGCCCUCCCAAUAUUUGGCGAGGUCUUUGCAGCUGACAGGCAGAAUGAUGCUCAUGAAUUUUUGAGUCUCUGUUUAGUUCAGUUGAAGGAGACUGUCCAGAGAGUAAACAUGAUGUGGCAAUCUGAGAAUGAAUCAGGAGAUUAUUAUUUACUUAGAGAGAUUUUUGCUAAUUAUACUAGCAUCAACAGAACACCUGUUUGUCCUGUUACCAACAAUUUUGAAUUUGAGUUGCUGAGUUCCAUCUUUUGUAAAGCCUGUGGCCUGACUGUUUUUAAGAGAGAACCAAGUAGAUAUCUCUCUAUCAACAUUCCUCAAGGAAUGAAAGACCAAAACAUGUCUAUCCAGUCCAGUUUAGAUCUUUUCUUUAGGGCAGAGGAGCUUGAGCAUAGGUGUGAAAGGUGUUUGUACAAUAAAUCUGUUGCAUUGCACAAGUUUGGCCGGCUACCCAGGGUUAUUAUUGUUCACCUGAAACGCUACAGCUUUAGUGAGUCCCGGAUAAUGAACAAAGAUGAGCAGCACAUUGUUAUUUCCAAGUACUUACGGCUGUCUUGUCACUGCAACAAGAACACAAAACCUCCCCAGCCCCUUCUCCCAAAUGAGCAUGUUAAGAAUCUUGACUUACUAAGACCCCUUGAAGAGUUGGGUUCAGAAAUACUCAAAUUAUCAAGUAAUUCAGGGAGGACCUCAAGAUCCAAGGUUUUCCCGACUGUAAACAUCAGAUCAGACAAGGAGUUAGAAGUACAAAAUGGAAAGAGAGUCUCUGAAGUGUCGAGUGGGUCAGCGCAGCAGGAAGAUCCAGGGAAAGGUGCAAAUGUGGUCAGGUCAGAACUUACAAAUGAGACUGAGACAAUCAAACACGAGAAAGAGUAUGUACUUAGUGAUUUAGAUUCUGGUAGCAUCAGUGAGGAGCGAUCACAAAAGUGCCAAGAGGCUGAGAAAUGCAAUAAAGAGGCACUUCCUCAAAGCUGUCCAAAACCCAGCUCCCAGGAACAGACAGAAAACCUUGGGAAACCUGCAGUGUCACAUACCCAGAAUGGUAGUCUAAGUUCACAGGGCUCAUCAGAUUCCAGUAAGAGCCCUGGAUGCAAUGAUGUUUUCGAUAAGGCAAAGCCUACAAGCAAGGUGGAGCCACAGAAGUUAAAUCAAAAAGAAGAUAACAUUUACAGGCUUGUUAGUAUUAUCAACCAUAUUGGGAACAGUCCCAAUGGAGGCCACUAUAUCAAUGAUGCCUUUGACUUCAGGAAGCAGAGUUGGUUCACUUAUAGUGAUCUACAGGUGACAGGUAUACAAGAGGACCUUGUAUAUAAGGCUAGGCUUUCUACUGGAUAUGUCUUCUUUUACAUGCAUAAUGAUAUCUUUGAAGAGCUCUUGGCAAAGGAAGCUUGGUCUACUAGCACGUCCAAGGGUUAGUAAGAACAGCAUAUGCCUCACAGAACAUGUCUACCCAAAUGCCUCACUUAACCUAAAAAUAAUUAGCCCAGGACCAACACCUUAAUAAACAUUUAGAGAGAAAGUUCCUUUUCGACUGUGACCACAUCAGUCUUAUCACUACAGCUCAUGCUAAUGAGUGUUCUUCUCUCAUACAAAUUUGGAACUGUACCUUUUGUAUAACUUUGUCAGAAAAUUUAUUACUGACAGUGAGAUUUUCAAUAUUUGCUCUGGAAGUUAUAUAACCCAAAAUUGCCAUUCUAUUGAUUAAAAUGGCUUAUUUGCACUCAAAAACAUUCCAGUAAAAGGUACAUUUUCUCUCUGCCUUUCUUGGAGGGUCAGCUUAAGAAGUUAUAAUGAAAAAGCUUUUACAUAACAGAACCAAAAAAGCACAUGCCCAGACACACCACAGUUCAGAUGAGUCUACCCAGCACUGUUACCCUAGCCUGCUGCUCUCUUGUUAUCUCUCCAUUAGAAAUGGUUUAGUGUCCUAAUUCUCUCCUGGCUUUCUCACAGUGGAUAUCAUUUAAUGGUGGAGCUGAAGUGAGGAGAGAGGAGAACAUUUUUUGGCUUCACAUAUUGGGAAAAUAUUCAAAAAGGUGGGGAGGGACACAUUUCCCUUUUUUCAUUUUUGAGGGUUUUCGUUAUCACUGAACAGUGUUCUUACUGAACCCAGGCUUCAGUUAUGAUACUGUUGAGUCCACUUUCUAGUGUCUGUCUUUAGUUGUCUUUAAUUGGGUUAUUUUCUUAAUAGAAAAAAUUCUACCUCUGGAAUUAAUGUUGAAGGAGCUUUGCGUGUUCUCAGGGGUGACGAUAUCCUCUUGGAAUGCUCUAUUUGGGAUGGUUGACACAGUCCAUGUAUUAGCUGUCCAGAGUAGAUCAGUUGAGAGCCUGCUGAUAACACUGGAGCAUCUUGGUCUGCAGAUGUAACUCAUCUGGAUGAUAUUGAUACUGCUUGAACUUUGAUUCCACCUCUUCAGCAGCAUUCUGAUACUUCUAGGUGAUGACUUUGUAGAACUCUGAGCUUCUCUCCAAUCUGACCUGCUGCUCUUUGAUAGAGCAUCCUGCUUCCUUAUCACCUAACCUUUUCUUCCAGCAGCCAAGCUGGAUGCUUUGCCUUUGAGUGUUCCUCCUCACUGGAUAUCCUCACAAAUAAUAGCUCUGGUAACUGCUCAUUGACUGCAGCCCUCUCAUUCAAGGUUCCUGGCUUGCGUAAGGAAUCUAUGGUUUUUUUGGUUACUCAUAGGCUCCAAUGACAGUUGCUCAAAAAUGGAAGCACUAUAAUAAAUGCUGUAAUACCACUGAGAUCUUGAGAGAAAGUGAGAAGAUUUUUUGUUCUGGUCAAAUAUAUUUUCUGGAAAUCAGAUUCCUUUCACCACAGAUUCUCUUUCUCAUCCAUCUUUUUUUUUUUUUUUUUUUUCGGAGCUGGGGACCGAACCCAGGGCCUUGCGCUUCCUAGGUAAGCGCUCUACCACUGAGCUAAAUCCCCAGCCCUUUCUCAUCCAUCUUGAAGGCGCUUCUCCUUUGUUCCCACAGAGUCUGAGCAUGGACUCACAAGCACAUCAGGGCCGAAGUAGAAGCCUGGACUCUACUCUUUGCCAAAUAAGAGUAAGGCCACCCCAUUGUUUAUAUUCUAAUGUGGCUUUGAGUGACCUGAUCAGUGCAGGAAAAUGGAAACUCAUGGGAUAUGUGGACUCUGCUGCUGAUUUACUAAUCCCCAAAUUCAAGACAGAUUACAGUAAUCCAACGGACAUUCUAAUGCUCUAUUAAUUUUAGGAGUUUCUGCUUUUGUAUGUGCAGUACCUUUUACUGUUUAAUUGCUCAUUUCAUAGAAAGUUUUUCUAGCCUUUUUAUUUCUUCUAUGACAUUUCCUAUGAAAACACAAAUAUUCUUUUGUUAGUCAGAAUUUGGUUUUAUAAAAAUUAUUGGGAUCCUAUCAACUGAAUUCAACAAAAUCCUGGCAAUAUACCUUAAGUGAAGCUGAUAAUCAUUGGGAUCUACUUGGACAUGAAUAGAUGACACUGGACACUAAACAAGUCCUCAUUUUCCUCAGAGGCAAAGGUGUGCUGGGUAUCCUCAGACCUUGACCAUAAGAAUGGAAAGGCUGAUUUAUGCUCAAGGAAUUGGCAUGUUUUUCUGUUUGUCAGCCAGCAAGUAUCCUAUUGGUCCUUGGUGAUCUGAGCCCACUUUACCAUUUCGAUCUUCUCAAAGAGGCACUUGGGUAACAUCAAAGGACUUUUAUAUACCAGGACUUGAUCUACAACACUGAACAGUUUUGUGCAUUCAACAUAAGAAGAGGAGUUAAGAGAUUUUUUUGUACAUCUUUGCAGCAUGGUAUUCUGUUCCUUUAACGAGUACACAAUACCUGCUUUGACAUGGAUUAGUAGUAAGACCUAAAAAAAUCUAACUUGACUAAGAAGCUUUGCUAUAACAUGAAACAAUGUCUAAGGUAUGAUCUGGCAUGUGGGGAGGGCCAUGUACAUCCUAGGCGUGAUUAUCUGUAAACACUCAGUAAUCAGACUUAGCACUUCUAAUGCUAAGCCUGAGCUUUCUGGAAUGUCUUUUCUUGCCUUUGAAGCAAUAUGUCUAUAAUACUGUAUAUCUGUAUUGAUGUAGAUGACUUGAUUGUACUAAUAUGUUAUCUUACAUGUGUACAGGAAUGGGUUUUCUAUCCUACCUUGGCCAUCUAAUGUACCUCCUAGUGUAUGGGGCAGUUUCAGUAUAGUGGCAAUACAUCAUAGGUGGGUUUUUUUUUUUUUUUUGAGAUGUGGUUUUACUUGCCACUGUAGGCCAGGACUGGCCUUGAACUUACAGGGAUCUACUUUCUUAAGCUUCCCAAGUGCUACUGUUAAAGGUAGAGGCCACCAGGUCUGACUUUGAUAGCAUUAUUUCUAGAGGCCUUUUAAGGAGUGAAUUAGAAUUUAGGCCUUUUAGGGAAGUUAGAUAAUGCCCUGUUGUUUUUUAGUUUUGUGUAUAUGAGUGUUCUACAUGUGCCCAAAUAUCAGAAGAGGGCCUUGGGCUCGUUAAAGAUACUUGUAAGCCAUCUAUCCAGCCCUAGAUAAUGCUUGAGAUUCUCUUCCUUAGGGUAGAGUGUAGAACCUACUAGAAAGUCUUUAAGUGAUAACUGAGAGUAGAGUCUUUUAGAUUGAAUUACUCUCACAGAUAAAACUAUUGUAGACACAAUGAGGUAUUGUUUGAUUUCUCUUAAUACCGAGACAGUUGAGGAUAAUAUUGAGAGUUUUAGGUAGAGAGGGAAACUCUCAACACUUGGGCUUCUGAUCCAGUCUUUUGGUAUCUUUAAUUCUGAGCCCAUGUACAUACAUAAACUUUAGAACAGGAGAGUAUAAGAGAAACAGUAGGAUAUUGGGGGGGGGAGAGAAACAGUAGGAUAUUGGGGGGGUGAUAUGGGUGUGUGUGUUUUUUGGGGAGUAUUUUAGUUUGUUUUUGAGGCAUCCUUAGGUGGCCUUGAAUUCAUAGAGACCCAUCUCUGCCUCUGUCUCCCACAUGCUGGGAUUAAAGGCAUGCAUUGUAACAGCUGGCCAAAAAUUGUAAUAUACAAAAGAUGAACAUCUUUUGAGAUUGCAAGAUCAUUUUGAUGGGGAGUUUUUAUACUGAAAAUGUUCUUUAGCAUAUAGCACUUCUAAAUAUAGGGCAGCUAAAGGAGGAUGUUUGGGUUGUAUACUGCCUUUGUGUUAUUUCAAAUAAAAUAUUAAAAAUUACACCAUUCAA